UUACUUGCUAAGCAACAUUUGGGGGCCGCUACAGCUAGCAGAGAAGAGAGACAUUUCAGCGGGAAGCCGCCAUGGGUAGAGUCAUCAGAGCUCAGCGUAAGGGUGCGGGGUCGGUCUUCAAGUCCCACACCCACCACCGCAAGGGUCCCGCCCGGUUCCGCAGCCUCGACUUCGGCGAACGCAACGGCUACCUCAAGGGCGUCGUCACCGAGAUCAUCCACGACCCGGGUCGCGGAGCCCCGCUCGCCCGAGUCAGCUUCCGCCAUCCUUUCCGAUACAAAAAGCAGAACGAGCUCUUCGUCGCCGCUGAGGGCAUCUACACUGGCCAGUUCAUCUACUGUGGGAAGAAGGCCAAUCUGGUCGUGGGCAAUGUGUUGCCUCUCAGAUCGAUCCCGGAGGGAGCUGUCGUCUGCAACGUCGAGCACCAUGUUGGUGACCGUGGAGUCCUUGCUAGGGCUUCUGGUGAUUACGCUGUUGUUAUCAGCCACAACCCUGAUAACGAUACCUCCAGGAUCAAGCUUCCUUCUGGUGCGAAGAAGAUUGUGCCAAGUGGUUGCAGGGCAAUGAUUGGGCAGGUUGCUGGCGGCGGUAGGACUGAAAAGCCAAUGCUCAAGGCUGGUAAUGCAUACCACAAAUUCAGAGUGAAGAGGAACUGCUGGCCUAAGGUUCGUGGUGUGGCUAUGAACCCAGUUGAGCAUCCUCACGGAGGAGGUAACCACCAGCACAUUGGACAUGCAAGUACAGUCAGGCGUGAUGCUCCUCCUGGCCAGAAGGUCGGUCUUAUUGCUGCAAGGAGAACAGGAAGACUUAGAGGACAAGCUGCUGCCACUGCCUCCAAGGCUGACAAGGCUUAAGAUUAAUCUUAUAUUUUUUUGUUCUGAUUUUGGACCGCAGAAUCUUUUAAGAGUGCUCAACAUCACCAUUUUUCCUUAUCUAAGUUUGCUAUUUUGGUAUCGAUUACUUCGUGUACUAGUUAUCCGAGACUAGCGGGUUUAUUUCGUGGUAUAAAUUUUUUUUAGUUGAUGGUCCAUUUCAA